UGCCGUCGUGUUCGGACGUUCCUCCUCCUUUAGAAAUCUUUGAAGUUGUAUCGAACGAAGAAUGAAUCGUAAAAUUAUUUAAAUUGAAUAUUAUUUCACAGUUAUUUUCUUGCACUAAAUUUUUACUUUAUUUUUAAUAAAAUUGUUUUUUUUUAAUAUUGUGAGGUCGUGAUUAUUUUUGAGACUAUUUUAAAAAUAAAGUUUAUUUUUGCUAGUAAAGUGAAUACACAAAAAAAAACUGUAAGAAUUUCCAUAAUUUUUUUUUAAUAUACAUCUGUUUCCGUUGGACUUUUCACAAAAACAGGAUGUAAUGUAAAACUAAAAAAUACAAUUUUAGCAAACAUGGUAAUAGUAUAAACCAAAAAUGGAUUCAGCAGAAGACGAAUUCUUCAGCAUAUGCUUGAAUCUAACCGACGAAGAACUAAACAAUUUCAGUGGAUGUAACUAUAGCGCUGAAUAUGAAAAUGGCGAGCUCCUUGAAAAAGUCGUAUCACGAGUUGUUCCGAUAUUCUUCGGUUUCAUUGGUAUCGUCGGAUUGGUCGGCAAUGCGCUGGUCGUGCUUGUGGUGGCCGCUAACCCUGGUAUGAGAUCCACUACCAAUCUACUCAUCAUCAAUCUUGCUGUCGCUGAUUUGCUGUUCGUAACCUUCUGCGUGCCGUUCACUGCCACAGAUUAUGUAAUGCCAAGAUGGCCAUUCGGUGACUGGUGGUGCAAAGUUGUUCAAUAUUUCAUCGUGGUGACAGCACAUGCGUCAGUAUACACAUUGGUUUUGAUGUCGUUGGAUAGAUUUAUGGCAGUCGUACAUCCGAUAGCCUCUAUGUCUAUCAGGACUGAGAAAAACGCAUUAAUGGCUAUAGGUUGCAUUUGGGUUGUUAUUCUGACCACAGCUAUACCUGUUGGAAUUUGUCACGGGGAAAGGGAAUACUCCUAUUUCCAUAGAAAUCAUUCAUCGUGCGUGUUUUUAGAAGACCAUGGAUACAGCAAAUGGGGAUUUCAACUAUCCUUCUUCCUGUCCUCUUAUGUGGUGCCUCUAGCGUUGAUAAGCGUUUUAUACAUGUGUAUGCUGACGAGGUUAUGGAAGAGUGCUCCAGGGGGAAGAGUGUCUGCAGAGAGCAGGAGAGGAAGAAAGAAAGUCACCAGAAUGGUCGUUGUCGUGGUUGUGGUAUUCGCAGUAUGCUGGUGUCCUAUUCAGAUAAUCCUGCUGGUGAAGGCGCUGGACAAGUAUACGAUAACGUACUUCUCUGUGACGGCACAGAUUGUGUCACACGUGCUUGCCUACAUGAACAGCUGCGUCAACCCCGUGCUCUACGCUUUCCUCUCCGAGAACUUCAGGGUUGCCUUUAGGAAGGUAAUGUAUUGUCCGCCGCCAUACACCGACGUUACAUCCGGUCGUCCCCAACCGACGAAGACGACCAGAACGGGCAACGGUAACUCCUGCCACGACAUCGUCUGAGAAUCACUGCCGGGUCGCGGGCGGCGUAACGAGCAAAUCAGCGUCGUUUAAGUACAAAAUGCGACCCAAAGCAUCUUUAGAAUUCUAUAUACGUAAUUGAAAUAUAAUAUUUAAGUUUUGCUAAUAUAUUGAACCGUUACAAUACGAAAGAAAAUAAUAUAA